AGCAGCAGUGGUGUCCUACACAGAGCAAGAGGAGUGUCCCUAUGAGUGGAGAGGACCAACAACAAAUAUACAUUUUUAUCUUUACCUCUCUUCUGAAGGAGCAUCCUUUCCUCCUCUUCCCUUUUUGAUUUUUCUUCUUUUUUUUUUUGCUGUGUGGAAUAUUGUGUUUUGGAGUUGCAGACUUCAUUUUGCUUUGUGGAUAUUUUAUUCCAGCUUGAAGAAAAGGACUCAAUCAGUGGGUGACUAUUUUUUGUUCACUUUUUUCAAAGCGUCUGAUUUUUUCUCUUACAGAUUAACAAAGUGGCUCAAUUUUCUGUCUAUUUUUCCACUUGCUGUCUAGUUUGCAGACUGACCCGCUAACAAAGUAAUUGUCUCUUUUGUUCACUGACUGAUUAACUGGCUGCUGUGUAAACUGACAAGCAAAUGAUGGAGCUAUUUGUUCACCAAACACGGCUGACUGCUUAUUUUAUUGUCUGAUUGGACGACUUGGCAGCUGGCUGUAUUAUUCCCACACUGUCUGUCUUGGUUCUUGAACCCGUGCCUGCUUGACAAACUGUUUAUUUUAUUCCCAUGCUUACUAUUUUUGCUGACUGACUGGGAGUGGCAUCAUCACCGUCAGCCCCAGGCUUCCUGACUUUAUUUCUUCUCAGGAGAGAUGAUGAUGAAGAGGAGGGGUUCAAUAUAAAAAAAGAAAGAAAGAAAAAGAAUAAAGAAAAAGGAGGUGCAAAUAGAAAAGAGGUAAAAAUUACAUUAGGUUUAAAAGGCGAGAUUGUCGGGGAAGCAACGGUGACGAGAGGAGGCGUGGCAGCGGAGAGAGAGAGAGAGCAGUGAGAGAGAGAGAGGCGGGGGAAAGAGUGGAUGCGACCAACACCGUGAGAUGCUGUGCUGGCUGAGAGAAGACGAGAUGUCGGUCCAGGAGCUGCUACAGAGGGUGGAGUGUGUCAUCACUCAUGUCGAUGAGAUCAUGCAGCAGGAGAUCAGGCCCCUGCUGGCUAUGGACAUCAUCGAGCAGCUUCAUCGCCAGUUUGCUUUGCUCUCAGGAGGCCGAGGCAAAGAUGGCGCCCCCAUCAUCACCUUCCCAGAGUACUCAGGCUUCAGUGAAGUGCCAGAGGAAGACUUCCUCAACGUUGUUACCUACCUGACCAGCAUCCCCAGCCUGGAUGCCGCCAGUAUCGGCUUCGUUAUUAUCAUCGACCGGCGGAAGGACAAAUGGAGCUCAGUGAAGGCGUCUCUAUCCAGGAUCGCUGGGGCAUUUCCAGGAAACCUGCAGCUCGUGCUGGUGUUGAGACCGUCCAGGUUCUUUCAGAGGGCCAUCGCAGACAUCGGGAUCAAACUGCACAAGGAUGACUUUAAAAUGAAGGUACCGAUUGUGAUGCUGAACUCUCUGUCGGACCUUCAUGGCUACGUGGAGAAAGGUCAGCUGACCCGGGAGCUGGGAGGAAACCUGGAGUACUGUCACAGUCAGUGGAUACACCACCGAACAGCCAUCGAGAACUUUGCCAUGACGGUGAAAAGCACCGCUCAGAUGUUACAGAAGUUUGGGACGGACCUGGCAGAGACAGAGCUGCCUAAUGAUGUCCAGUGCACCAAAGACCUGCUCACAGCGCACACUGACAAACACAACAACCUCAAGGAUGAGCUGAGGUUGGCUCUGAAGCAGGGCACCACCUUGUUAGGCUGCAUCAAGGAGCAGGCAGCCAAGUCAGAGAAUCACAAACUCAACCCAGAUGAGAUGGAGAACCAGACCACCGUGGAAAGGCUUCUAGCCCAGCUGGAUGAGACGGAGAAUGCCUUUGAACAGUUUUGGUGUAAACACCAUCUGAAACUGGAGCAGUGCCUGCAGCUACGCCACUUUGAACAGGACUUCAGAGAGGUCAAAGUGUCUCUGGACAGUUUGAUGGACAGUCUCAGCAGCCUAUCAGACAUCGGGGAUUGUGUGACCAGAGUGGAACUCCUGCUGAAGGAUCUGAAAACACUGGAGGAGAAAGCUAAGCCCACAUUAGAAAAGGCCCAGCUCCACGCUCUGCACGGUGACCAGCUGAUCCAGAGCAACCACUACGCAGUGGACUCCAUCCGACCCAAAUGUGUGGAGCUCAGACGGGUCUGUGACGACUUCAGCAACGAGGCCAAGAAGAAGACGGAUGUCCUGUCCAAAUCCCUGCAGAUACACACGGGCAUCGAUAAGGUGAACCAGUGGUGUGAGUCUGGCAUCUACCUGCUGGCCUCCCAGGCUGUGGAUAAGUGUCAGUCGACGGAAGGGGCGGAGUCAGCACUGACUGACAUCGAUGGCUUUCUUGAGUCUGCACAGAAGAACCAACUGACUGAGCUGAAGAACCUCCACAACCAGUAUGAGGUCGUCCUGUCCGAGGAAAUCAAGGCCAGUGUGCUUAAGGCGCUGAAGCGCCUGGAGGAUGUCCAGGAGAUGUUUGAGAAGCGGCAUGUCAGUCUGAAGAGGCUGUCAGCUAAACAGACGAGACCCGUCCAGCCUGUUGCCCCAAGGCCUGAGUCUUCUCCUAAACGACCCUCACUGAAGAACCCUCCCAGGAAUACAGUGAGCCAGCAGCCUCUGGCCCGCAGAGCUUCAGACAACACCAACAGCGGCAAGCCACCAGUCGAAGCUGACCCCAACAAGAAGAGGAUCAUACGCAAGGCCAAAGGAGGCAUCAAGAUCGAGGUGAUGCAUGAGGAAAGCCAAGGAGGCUCCACCCACGUGGUAGUUACCAACGAGACAGAGGAGAGCCUGUCCAACAGACGCAGACAUAUCAUGACGGAGCUGAUCGAAACGGAGAGGCUGUAUGUGGAGGAGCUGCAAAGCAUCAUGGAGGGUUACUUUGCAGAGCUGGAUAACUCAGAGCUCAGCCACCUCAUCCCUCCCUCCCUGGAGAACAAAAGGGACGUACUGUUCGGAAACCUGCCCGAGAUUUAUGAAUUUCACAACAGGACAUUUCUGAAGGAGCUGGAGAACUGUGCAGAGAAACCAGAGCUGGUGGGAACGUGUUUUCUGAAAAGGAAAGAAGAGCUGCAGGUGUACGAGAAGUACUGUCAGAAUAAACCCCGCUCUGAAGUCCUCUGGAGACAGUGUGGAGACAGUCUCUUCUUUCAGGAAUGCCAGAAGAAACUUGACCACAAACUCUCGUUGGACGCUUACCUGUUGAAGCCUGUUCAGAGGAUCACCAAAUACCAACUCAUGCUGAAGGAGAUGCUGAACUGUAGUAAAGGUGAGGGGACGGCUGAGCUGGAGGAGGCUUUAGCCACCGUGCUGGACAUCAUCAAGUCAGUCAACGACUCCAUGCACCAGAUAUCCAUCACUGGCUUUGAGGGGAACCUGAGUGAACUUGGAAAGCUGAUGAUGCAGGGAUCCUUUAAUGUGUGGACGGACCACAAGAAGGUCCACAGCAAGGUGAAGGACCUGGCCAGGUUCAAGCCCAUGCAGAGGCACCUGUUCCUGUACAACAAGAUGCUGCUGUUUUGUAAGAAACGUGAGGAGACCACCGACGGACACGAGAAGACUCCGUCCUACAGCUUCAAACACUCGCUCAAGAUGAGCGCCGUUGGGAUCACAGAGAACGUCAAAGGAGACAUCAAGAAGUUUGAGGUUUGGUACAACGGCAGAGAGGAAGUUUUCAUCAUCCAGGCUUCUUCCAUGGAUGUGAAAAAUAUGUGGGUGUCUGAGAUUCGCAAAGUUCUUACUGGCCAGCUAGAGGCAUGCAGAGAGGCCAGCCAGAUCAACAUCUAUGGAGGCCCGAUGAGGAACGUGCGUAAGAUGGCGCUGAGACAGUCCGAUUCAUCAAGUCCAGAGUCCGGCUUCAGGAGAACCAAUCCCAGCCCUAAUAUGAGGCAGAAGAGAGCCGAUGCUUCAGCCAGCCAAUCAGGCCUCUCGGCUGCUAACGCUAGGAAACGCUUCACCUUGCAGGGACUUUCCAACAGGAGGUCUCUUCCAGCAGAACCUGCCGCUAAGGAGACAAUGCCCUCCCGCCGCUUCUCUCUUGCCUCCUCUCUUGCCUCAUCUUCCUCCUCCUCCUUCGCAGCGAGACGCACAAAAGGUCCGCUCUCUGCGAGCAUAAAGAGCAAAAGACAUGAGAUUAAGAGCGAUCCAACUCCGUUUGGUUACGAAGAUACUUUGCGUGGUGCUAUGGCUGCAGUCAAGAAACGUCAGAGCAUUACAAACAGCUCUGCUGCUGCUGGUGUCACCUCGACUGUUCCUAGAUCCACCUCCCAACCAGGCUGGGCCCAGCGGCGUCUCCCUUCCAUGGACACGGACGACUUUGAGACGAUCCACUCCAGUGCCGAGGAGUCCUCCAACUCUUCUGAAGAGGAGGGAAACAAUAAGAAUAGUGACAGCGGGCGCUUCCGGGUGCAGCUGACCUACGAGUCUCGAGAAGCAAAGGACCUCUCUCUAGAGACGGGCGACUUGGUCCAGUUUGUAGAGGAGGCAGAGAACGGACACUGGCUAGUCAAGAACCUUUUAACAGAGGAGACAGGGCUGGUCCCAGCCAGUAUACUGCAAACAGCAUCUGAAGGAGAUAUCUUCAGUGAUCUGUGUACAGCAGCACUCUCUGACUCGGACGAAAAUGAAGCCAACACAUGGGGAGAUGUGUCUCAGGACAGCAGAUGAACCGGAAUUACUUCUGUAGUUUGUUAAGAUGGACUGCAAACAUUUCUAUUGGAUCACACACAUGGCGGAUGACUCUAACAGUAGUUUUUCAACUGUAAUUUCCUAAACUGGAUUUUCGAUAUCCUUGGCUUACAGUUUUUGUACGUGUGGUUCUUCAUGUUAGACUACAAACAUGGCCUGCAAUUGUAAUUUUUUCCUAUAUGACUCAUUGAAGCUUCUGGAAAAAUCCAGAGCCUUAACCUUGAAGGCCACAGUGGGAAAGCAAUGUAAGACUUUCAAUUCAAGGAAUUACCAGCCGCCGUCUGUGGAGAGCUGAACACUGCAUGGAUGUAGACACUGAACUUUUUUGUCUUAAGUUGGAUGAAUUCACAUUAUGUACUGUAAAAAACUCAAUUUCCAAGUGGAUGGGCUGGAUACCGGGAGAUUCACAUCUAAUUUCUGACUUGGAUAACCGUAGGGAAAAAAGUGAGAAAUUCCAUGAGGCAGCCCUGGCAUGUUGCCCUGUUCUGCUGCUACGCUGCACUCGAGCAAAACUCUCUCAGACCAGGUUCUGCCUCAGCUGACCCGCCUCAGCUGCUUCGACUUUUCAGGUUCAGACUCUUCACAGUAACUGCAGUCUCCAGGAGAACCUAGAAGUUGUCUUGCUUGCCUUUCCUCGUCACUGCUCGAGCAUCCGCAUAAUAUCAUCAACAUCAGAGAUGAUAUCUCAACUUGCUGCUCUCACUUUGCUUCAGAUUCUCUGUACACAUUACUCCAAGAGGUUGAACAAUAUCUUCUUUUCAUAUUUGAAUUUUAAAUUAUUUUCUCUGUUCACUGAAGGAGAAAAAUAUUUACAUAUGAUCGACUGUCUUGAAAGAAAGAACUCUAUUUACUGUUUAUAGCUACAGAUAGUAUACUGUAAAGGUUUUGUUAUUGACAGAACCUUUUUAUAGAUUUAAAAUCGGAGUCUAGAGAUCCAUCGCAAUAUCUGUUUCAAAGACAUCACGGUAAAUGGUAAAUGGACUUGAGCUUGUAUAGCGCUUUUCUAGUCUUCAGACUACUCAAAGCGCUUUUACACCGCAGGUCACACCUAACCAUUCACACACUGAUGGUAGAGGCUGAUAUGCAAAGUGUCCGUCAGUAUUAACUAAUCUAGUCAUUCACAUGCCACUGAAGAAGAAGCAGGAGCAACUUGGGGUUAAAAUCUUGCCCAAGGACACAUCGGACAGGUUGCUGCAGGAGUUGGGGAUCCAACCCCCGAUCUUCUGGUUGAGAGAUGACCGACUACCAACUGAUCCACAGCCGCCCGCCCGUCAUGCUUCAGAAAGGUUAACAUCAAGUGAACAUAACAUCUAUCAAAGCAGCACCUAGGUGGAGGUGGAGUCAAAGUCUUAAUUUCUAAGAUUAGGUUUCUUUCAAGCAUUAACAUACAAAUAUGUUGGCUGUUAGCUUUCAUGUGGUUGCUAUGCUAAUACAGCUCAAUUGUCUUUUUUUUGUCACCAAAGGGCUCUUAACAUAACCGGAAGCUCACAAUGAGUCGAAGUCCAGAAGAAUUGAUUGGAACUGCUAUUCUCUUUGGAUACUGUCACAUUCAGCAACUGUUUUCACAUGCAGUCAUUCGAAAAGAUGUUCAUAUAUAGUUGAAUGAUCGAUGCAGCUUUAAAAAGUUUGCUUCGCAACACAUAAGAGAGUGCAAUUCAAAAAGAAUUUCCUUUAUUGGCUAAUGAUAGUUAAAUUACUUUCCUACUGAAAAUGCACCUGAGAAACAAAUCAAUCAUCAUAUGGUAUCCAGUUAUGCACUCACUUUGAAUAGCAGAUAAAAGAUGGCAAAUUACUAAAGCACUGCUCGGGCACAUCUCUUCUUCUUCUUCAGAUUAAUGGAGAGAUCCUGUAAGCGAUGUUUCAGGAAACAGAUCUAUCUCUGUGACAGUUUGUGCUACUUUGACUCGUCUCUACUUAAUGGACACCAUCAAGCUUUUAAGUACUUUUCCUCCUUUUUUUUUGCUUUAUGGCUGCUGCAAUCCAUAGACAGACAGGCCGUAUUCGAGCACUUCUUUUCCACUUUGAGAGCAUGUAAACACUUACUUUACAAUAACUCAGCUGAAAUGCUGUUCAGGUAACUAGAAACCCUGAUGUCAGCUUGCGAAGAUGGGCCUUGAAGAAUGUGCAGCCUUUACAUUAUUGCAUAUUGUGUGCUCUUUUUCAAUAGAUGAUAUUCAAAAUAUUGAAUCAACUCAAAAAUUCUCAUACCCUCUGGGUUUAUUUCGACAUCCUUACAGCAUCAGUUCAUGGAGACCACAUUGAUUGUAUUCUGGCCUAGAAAGACAUUCUUGUUAAAUCCAAGCCAUAGUUCUGCUUUGCAUAAUCAGAUUCACGGAAGUCCUUUUUCCUUCCACUCCCACAGAGCAAACGUUGUUGUUCAUGCUACUCUUAUCAACAUUUGUUAAACAUUGUCAUGAUCACCAAUGUAGGUCAAGUAUGCUGAAUUCAUUUCUUUGUCAGAACUUACAUAUAUACUCUUUUUCUAAAGUAAACUACAGUAUAUUACUGCAAGUGAUUUUUCAGGGAAAUGCAAUUUUAGCGAGAAACAGCUGUACUGUUUCAUACAUCAGCUGUGUAUAUUUUACUUAUGGGGGGGGCACUGCUGACUCAACAUUCAGAGGGUCAUUAGGUAGCCAUGGUAUAUGUAAAUAAACAUCAGUAUUCAUCUUAUUUUGCAUAUGUUUUUGUCUGUAAACAUCCAUUUUCUGUAUGACUGCUGUAUUAUUGUACCCCCCUCAGAUUCAUUUUGGCAUUGUGUUGCAUUUCUACUGAUAGAUGGAAUUCUGUGGAUUAUUCUCUGAGAAAUCUGAAACAGCACCAACAUAUUUCACAAAUUGAUGGCAUGUUAUGUCACAGGCAAAAGCCCAUGUAUUUCCUCCAAUGACAGAUGACUGAUCAUUUGAUUUACAUGAACUAUUUUUACUUUUUUGUAAUGAAGGAAGAAGGGUUUACUGAAUACAAGACAGAAUUUAAGAACAGGCAGAUAUCUAAGAAAGAUCUUGGACAAGAAGUCAGAGUUCAAGCUCUAUGAUCUUGAUAGGCAGAUGAAGAAUGAAUGAUUAGAUGGAUGGAUGGGUGAUGGAUGUAUGGAUGGAUGAUAUAUCUUUAUUGUAAUUGCUUGUUGCAACAAAACUCUGUUGGAGCAAUCCAGUUGCAGCAUAUAAAAUAUAAAAUAUGUACACAUACACCAUCACAAGCACAAGCCAAGCACAUCUCACCCAUACCCACAUACACAUUCAUAUCCAUAUAAAUGGAGAUGGAUGGAUUGAUGGAUGGACUAGGUUGGAUGGAGUUCUACAAUGGAUCGAUGCCUGGUUGAGAAAUGAAGGGAUGGAUGCAUUGUUGCAUGGUGAAAUAUUGGAUGUUGGAAUCAAGGGAUAAAUGGCUGGAUGAUUGGUUGAGUGGAUGGAUGGAUAGAGGUUUAAAAUGGAUGGAUGGCUCAUUGGUUGAAUGGAUGGGUGGAUGGAUGGACGGACAGAUGGAUGAGGGAUAAUGGAUGGAUGGAUCAUUGGUUGAAUGAAUGGAUAGAUGGGUGGGUGGGUGGAUUGGUUGCUAGUGUAAGGAAGGGCUGGAUGUAUUGUCGCAUAGUGAAAUGGUAGAAGUUGGAUUAAGGGAUGGAUGCAGGGAUGAAUGAUUGGAUGGUUUUGUCGACUUAGUGGGUGAUAGUCAAUGGGCUGAUUGCUUGUGAGCUUGAUGGAUGUAUGGAUGGAUAAUUUAGAGAUGGAUGGAUAUAUAGAAAGAUUAUGGCUAUAUAGAUUGACAGAUAUUUUGAUAUUGUCACUGGGUCACCAUCUGUAUCAGAGGGACACACACUACUUAGGUCAUAUACAUGAAGUCUUAUUGUAAAGAAAUAAACUCCUCUUGAACAUGCUGUAUAUUUUGUUUAUCCCAUGUUAAUGGAAAGUAUUGUACCUUUGUAAAGGACAUAUUUAUAUUGUACUUCAUCCUGCUGCAAUUGAAUUGCCAUUUAACUUCAUUAUAUUAUGUAUCAAGUUUGUCUAUUAUACAAUCUGUUAUUGUAUUGUACAUAAUGGUUUAUUGUGUAUGCAUUUACAACAUGACUUUUAAAGUAUUAAAUAAUACAUCUGGUGAACUUUA